AAGGAGAAGGCUUCAAUGGAUCCAGUUUUGGUCCUGGUGAUCACUCUCUCCUGUCUGCUUCUCCUUUCACUAUGGAGACAGAGAUCUGGGAGAGGGAAGCUCCCACCAGGACCCAUGCCUCUGCCAAUUCUAGGGAAUAUCCUGCAGCUAGAUUCUAGAAACAUCCCCCAGUCCUUAACAAAUUUUUCCAAAGUCUAUGGUCCUGUGUUCACUCUGUAUUUGGGUAUGAGGCCCACUGUGGUGUUGCAUGGAUAUGAAGCUGUGAAGGAAGCCCUGAUUGAUCAUGGAGAAGUAUUUUCUGGAAGAGGCAGUUUCCCAAUUGGUGAUAAAAUUUCUAAAGGAUUUGGAGUCACUUUCAGUAAUGGAAACAGAUGGAGAGUGAUGAGGCGCUUCUCAGUCAUGACUCUGCGCAAUUUUGGGAUGGGGAAGAGGAGCAUUGAGGACCGCAUUCAAGAAGAAGCCCAUUGCCUUGUGGAGGAGUUGAGGAAAACCAAGUCCUCACCCUGUGAUCCUACUUUUCUCCUGGAGUGUGCUCCCUGCAAUGUGAUCUGCUCCGUUAUCUUCCAUAAUCGUUUUGAUUAUAAAGAUCAGCAUUUUCUAAAUUUAUUACAGAAAAUAAAUGAAAAUUUGAAGAUUCUGAGCUCCCCAUGGAUCCAGGUCUGCAACAAUUUUCCUGCUCUCAUUGAUUACUUCCCAGGGAGUCAUAGAAAAAUUUUUAAGAAUGAUGCUGAUAUGAAGCAGUGUUAUUUGGAGAAAAUAAAGGAACACCAAGAAUCCCUGGAUAUAAACAAUCCUCGGGACUUCAUCGACUGCUUCCUGAUUAAAAUGGAAGAGGAAAAGGGCAAUCCACAGACUGAAUUUAACUUUGAAGCCUUAGUAAACCUUGUGAAUGACCUGUUUAUAGCUGGGACAGAGACAACAAGCACCACUCUGAGAUAUGGACUCCUGCUUCUGUUGAAGCACCCAGAGGUCACAGCUAAAGUCCAUGAAGAGAUUGAUCGUGUGAUUGGCAGACACCGCAGACCCUGCAUGCAGGACAAGAGCAGUAUGCCUCAUACAGAGGCUGUCUUGCAUGAGAUUCAGAGAUACAUUGACCUUCUUCCAACCAGUCUGCCCCAUGCAGUGACCUGUGACAUUAAGUUCAGGAACUACUUCAUUCCCAAGGGCACAACCAUAAUAACAUCACUGACAUCUGUGCUACAUGACAGCAAAGAAUUCCCCAACCCAGAGAAAUUUGACCCUGGCCAUUUCCUAGAUAAGAGUGGCAAAUUCAAGAAGAGUGAUUACUUUAUGCCUUUCUCAACAGGAAAACGAAUUUGUGCAGGAGAAGGUCUGGUCCGCAUGGAACUGUUCUUAUUCCUGACCACGAUUUUACAGAACUUUCACCUGAAAUCUGUCAUUGACACAAAGGAUCUUGAUGCCACCCCAAUUUUCAAUGGAUUUUUCUCUGUGCCACCCACAUACAAGAUCUGCUUCAUUCCUGUCUGAAGAACAGCAGUUUGUCUGGCUUCUGCUGUGCUGUCAUCUGGAAUCUCCUCUCUGGCGUAUGCCCCAUCUCCUUCCCUACAGGCAUAUUUUCUCUGACCUGCUUCUCAACACCCUAUUUCUUCGAUUUCCAGUGGACAUCCAAACCUCAUUGGAGAGAGUUUCCUCAGUUUUCACAACUGUAUGCUUUCUAUUCAUAUACUGUAGCCAUUGUGUAUUUUAACAGUCUUGUGACUUUUUACUAUAACAUCACUGUUAAAACAAGGAAAAUCUGGGGUAAUUAUGUAAAGUGAAAUCAAUCAGGAAUAGCAAGCAAAGAUACAUGGUUUCACUUUUAUGUGUAAUAUAAAAAGUCACAUUCAUAGAGUAUUGAUAAGUAAUGAUUAGCAGAACUUGAGAAUGGGUUAUAGUGUGAGUGGAUGGGGGAAAGAAGAGAAGUUAGUUAAAGGUACAAAGUUUUAGGUAGACAGGAGGAGGAGUGGGUCUGAUGAUCUAGUGUAGGACAUGGUUCCUGUUAUUAACAAUAAUGCAUUGUGUACUUCAAAAUUCCUACAAGGGGAGGUAUUGAAUAUUCUGCCCACAUAUAAAGGACAAGUAUUUGAGAUAAUGUCCAUGUUAGUUAUCUUGAUCCAAUCAGCCUACAGUGUGUCCAUAUAUCACAAUAUACCCAAUAUAUACAUGAGAUCACUACUUGUCAACUAAAAGAGAUAUGGAAGUAGAUUAAAAAUAAAAGUUUAAAUGAAAACUACAUUGUAUUCAUUUUUCAACACUCUUGAUCAGAAAAGAAAAAUGUAUUAAUCAGGUUUUAAAUUU